CAAGAUCAGCGCGCCAAGUUGUAAUUUUUUAGGAAAAUUCACAUGAUGGAUAUUGGUUUAAAUUAAUUUUAUAUGUAUUUGUAAAUAUUACUUUACCAAAAUUCAUUGUUACAUGUAAUGCUAGCUUACCUAUUACAAAUUCAACAAUGAUGGACUCGGCAGAAGUGGAGUUUUUGGCCGAGAAACAGCUAGUUACGGUCGUUCCGAAUUUCUCCCACGACGAGGUGUUCUUGAUCGGGGGGAGCGUGGGGCCUUUCAACGCUGGGCUCCCGGUGGAAGUGCCGCUGUGGAUGGCAGUCAACUUGAAACAACGGCAGAAGUGUAGAAUACAGCCGCCAGAUUGGAUGGAUAUUGAAAAACUUAAAGAUAAGAAGCAAGAAGAGAAGGACUCCCCAAUUUUCCAGCCAAUGAUGAAUCAACAUUACAUGGUGGUCACAAAACUCUUGCUUAGUCAUGCGACUGACGAUAUCCCGCAUGCAGAUGAAGUACACACACUAGUAAAGGACAUUUGGGACCUACGGAUGGCCAAGCUGAGACAGAGUGUGGACAAGUUUGUCAAGGAUCAAGAAACGCAUGCCAGGCUUGAUAACCUGUCGCUGAUGGAGAUCAACACAGUACGUCCCUUUUUGACGCAAGCUCUGGACCACAUGCACACAUUGAGGAUGAAUACACUCGUUGGUGGACCACCAAGUACACAAGACUGAAAAUACUCUAAAUUGAUUCCCAAAACUGCCUCUGAAUGCUGUAAAAUCCAUCGUGCGGUUUUAACCAAGUUUGAUGGAUGCAUUAUACAGCUGAACUAUUGAACUAUUAUGAGCCAAAUUCAAGUAUGCGGCAAUGCGACAACUUUGGUCGGCUGAGAUAGAUAGAUAAACUAUUGCCGUUUUGGCAUCAGGUGUGGCACCAUUGUGACGGAGUAAACUGGUAAUGACUAGUUGUAUUGCUGUUCAGGAUUUUUGUGGAUUAAGGAAAGUUCCUCACCUUACGAUAAGAGUUAAUCCAUUUCAAGCCCGAUAAAGCACAAGAGACUGAUCCAGAUGUGUGCUCUUCAGCAGCACGGAUUAAAUAGACACGAUUUGUACAUCACAGCUCAAUGGAAGAAAAAAUCAAAUCUUACAUUUUAUGGAGAUUGCACUGUCAAACUCCUAU